GCAUUAGCUGCGUGUAGAAGAUUAGGCAGCACACAGAUUAGUCUAAGUGUCACUUCCUGCUCUUUGAUUCUUCAUCCUGCAGUCACCGAGGCAGCUUCUAAUGACUGUUUACUUUGUAGAGAUAAUGUGUAGAAUAUUGUUGGACAGAAAAAGGUCUUAGACUAAGUUCACAGAUCCUUUUGUGGGUUUUAUGUACAAAGUGACUGCAUCAGAGGACCGGCAUCAUGAGGUUUUUUCUUCUGCUGCUGCUGCUGUUGUUUGGGUCUUUGCAAAGAGCUGAUUCUCAGUCUCCUGGGUGGAUUGAAGAGGUGGAAGGUAGUGGUGAGACAGAAUGGAUGCCCCUGCCAGAUUUCAUAGAUGACAUCUAUUGGUCUGGGACAGCCCCCAUUUGUGUGGGAGGCUGUAAGGGGCGUCACCAGGAGCUGAGGAGAGAUUCAUGUGGAGACUCAGACUGCUGCUGGCUGGGAUACAAGUCCCUGUGCAGAGUGAACUGUGGGAAGCCAGAUGUGGACUAUAAUGGUAUGGUGUACGGUAAUGACUGGUGGGUGGGCUCUGUGGUCAGGUACACCUGUGGCUCUGGCUUUAUGCUGCUGGGAAACCCAACCAGAACUUGUCAGGCUAAUGGACUCUGGACCUCGAAACCUACCUGCCUCAGAAUGUGUCCACAGGGACGUAUUGAAAUCAGUGAGAGGGAACUUGGUGGGUCGUGCAACUCCACCUGCAAGAAUAAGAGCUACUUUGGCCCAGCUAAACAAGGCUGCUCUAAGAUAGACAACUGUGAGAAAAAGCAGACUGGCUGGAAGCGCUUCUUCUCACAGUGUGUCCCUUGUAUUUGUGACUGCGCUCUGUCAUGUGCAUCUGCAGGGUAAUAUGUGAAGGAAACAACAUAUUGACUCUUCAGCAGAUGAAGCAGAAAUACAGGCAGCUUGUUCACCACAGAGCCACACUAUGUUUUGCUGCUUCAUCCAACUGUGUGGACAUAUCAGCGGAGCAAAAUCUGUAUGUUUUAAGUCAUUAAUUUAAUCACUCUAGCAUAUUGAAGCCGACAAUGUCUGCUAGGUUUCUGUACGUAGGAUUUUACACAAUGACAAGAACAUUUCAGUGCCUCAGGUUGAAAUCCUCUUGAGCUAGAUAAGGAAAGCAAGGCUUUAAAUUUCAGUCAAUGCGAGAGAUGUGAGGUCGGAAUAGGGUCAGGAACAUAAAGUUAAUUCAGAUAAAACAGUCUGUGUCAGAUGUGAGUCAAGUAAUUAUUUGAAAAGCUUUAAAUAAGUGUAAGGUUUGCAAAGCAGUGCCAAAUUGACCUUGAGGGAUUAUUCAGAAGGCAGUAUUGACAUGGAUUCCAUACACCAGGACUGACUUAAAUACUUUCUGGCACAUGUUUUGUCCGUGAGACAAAAGAAGAAAUAGAGACAAAAACAAGGAGAGAGUGAAGUGAAACCACAGAGAUUAGCCGCUCAGCUUCAUCGCUCUUCCUCUUGAGUCCAUCUGUCCUGGAAGGAGAUGAAACCUUAAUCUCGUUAUGAAGGAGGGGCUUUGGAGUUUGAGACAGAGUUGUCUUGGAGAGUGGUGUUAACAUAAUCAGCUGAUUGUUUUUUUGUAGAUGGCAUAUUAUAGCUCAAAAGAUCUUCCUUUUUGUGAGUUUUAUUUUUUUUUAAAGAGAUGGAUUAAAGAAAAAUGAAGUUAUGUGUGGUGCAUUGGCAAACAAUAAAUAAGAGUGAAAAAAAAACAUACUACUGGCUCAUCUGACGUCAAAGCAUCAUUUCAGUUAUUAUCAUUGCAACCCAAAGUUCAU